AACAUGGUAAAAGUUCACGUUAAAAAUUUGUAGCGUUUUGAGGACGCUCGAGCUGCCUCUCAGCCAGCAGCCAAUCACAUUGAGCCAUGUUUGGUUGCCAUGCGACGAGUGGGCCAUUCAGCGCCGUGUUUGGUUUGUGUGUCGUGGUUUGCAGAGGCAGGCUGAGCUGGGAAGCGUUUAGCCUGGGAAAUACGGCACGAAUAGAGGCAUGAAUUUGUUGCAGGUUUCAGCCCCUCACCACUGCAUGUUUGUUCUCAAAGCCCGAUUUUCCACACUGGUUGCUGACGGCUGCACUGCAACAAUGCCAGAGUCCUCACAGGUCAAGGACGCUCGCCGCUGUUCUGUGGAAUGUAGAGCACCUCCCUUGAGUCCGUUCAGCCAGUCAUCGCUGCCACUCCACAGAAACUCUCACAGGCUCAGCACCUUCUGUACAGAGGACAAUCUGCAGGAAUGCCUGUCUCACAUCAGUCAGGAGGUCUCACUGCUGGGUCUUUCGACUAGCUGGACCGAGUCAGACAGCGGCUCACAACUGAAUGUUGUGGCUGUGCUGAAUUGCAUGUAUGACCUGAUUCAGCUGCACCACAGGAGCCUGAGAACACUGGAAAACAUGGAAAUAGAGCAGCUGAAACUCAGCAGCAAUGUGGAUUUCCUGAAGAUCAGUAACACUCAUCUAAAGGAAGAGGUUGAAGUUUCCAAACGACAAAACACGGGAUUGCUUGAGAGAGAACGACAGCUGCAGCUGAAACUGAAGAGUCUGCAGAACUGUCUGAAAAAUGAGAAAGAAGAGGUGCAAAAACUGCAGAAUAUAAUUUCAAGCCGUGCCUGUCAGUUCAACCACGAAAUGAAAAGGAGGGAGAGAGAAUUCACUAAACUGAAGGAGCGACUGAAUCAACUCCUGGCUGACAAAAAAGAUAGAAAAUUAGCUAUUGACGUAUUAAACAACAUUGGAAGAGCCGAUGGAAAGAGAAGCCUUUGGAAAACUGAAAAAACAGAGGCAAAGCAUGAGGGAGAGAUGUAUAGGACACUUCUGAGCGACUACGACAUGAGGCAGAGGGAGCUUGUCCUGGAAAACGCAGAGCUGAGGAAGGUGAUGCAUCAGAUGAAGAAGGAGAUGGUGUCCAUCCUGAAGUCAAAAAAACUGAUCCCCAACGGAGAAGAUUAUGAGCAUAACGAUACGCAGCAUAACGAUACGCAGCAUAACGAUUCGCAGGCUGCCUCAGAUGAAGAUGAUGAGGUGUUUGACCCCAGUCAGGAAAGUUUAGAGUUGUUUUGUAUUGAUGCCAGGGAGAAGCUGACUAACAGUAUUCGCCUCCAGUGGAGAAGACUUAAGAGCCACGUUGAAACACUGGACAGCCAAGUAUCUUUGACUCAGAUGUCUGAGUCUAACAAUGAUGACGCUGCCCCUCGUGAGAAUCAUGAGGAGGAGAUGGACCGGCUAAAGAUGGAGAUCCAGCGGUGCAAAGAUUUCAUUCAAAAGCAGCAGCAGCUUCUACAGAAGCAGCUGAGCUGCGUGUGCAACGAAGACUCAGUGUCGCUGCAGAAUGAUGGCUACAUGCUGCAGGAGAAGAAACGCCUCGGUGAGGAAUGGAAGAACUUAGAGGAACAGAGAAAGAGCUUCGAGAGGGAAAGGAGGAACUUCACUGAAGCAGCUAUUAGACUGAGCCAUGAGAGGAAGAUCUUUGAAGAGGAUCGGGGAACAUGGCUCAAACAGCAGUUUCUAAGUAUGAGUCCGUUUGGAAACACAAAGCAGCUUCAUGUGCCGAAGUCUGCAAGUGCCUUAUUGAUCGCUGAAUCAGAGGUUAGUGCACCGGUGGGUCCAGAAACAGUCAGCGAAUGGCAAUUAGACUCGGCCUCCCCAAUACCCAGAUCGGUUUCUCUCACAUCGUCUUCUGCAGCUGAUUUGGAGUGUGAGCUUUGCCUUAUUCCAGAAAACGGUGUGACUUGCAGCUCGUCAAAACACAGAAAGUCAGAACAUUUUGAGGAACUGAGCCCACUAUGUGAAAAUAUUUCUCUGCGGGACAAACAGUGGAGGGAGGGCGAGGACCUCAGCAGCCAUUCACUCACACCUGAGAAGAGCAGUAGUAUAUAAAGCCAUGGAAACUUUUAUUGUUUGAAUGUGAAAUCUCUUCAUGCAUGCUGUUUAUGCAUAGUUGCGGAAAUGUGUAUCUGGUGAAUGCAAACAUGGAAGACAAAGUAAAAUGAAGCCAAAUAUGUCUUGUUAAUGACUGAAACAAAAUGAAUUGUAAAGGUUUCUUAUUUUAUAUUCUUAGUGUUUUUAGUAUUUAUUUAUUUAUGUGGUACUGUAAUCAUUGUUGUUGAGCGUAAUAUUUUAUGUUUGAAACUGAAUGAGGACUUUUUUAAUCUGUUUAGUUGUGGAGGAGCAAACAUUUUCUCUUCAGUAGGACUGUUAUAGUUGCGUUCAGUGUUUAAUAUUAGUUCUUAUAGACUAAAAGAGGGAUUGGUAGAGUUUAAGAUUUUUUUUUUCUGACCAAGAUUUAGAAUGUAGCACUAAAGCAGCUGUUUAUCUCAGAGCAAUGUGAAUGGAGCACAAAUAGAAUUUAUCACAAUUUAUCAUUCCCUAGUUGUAAUAUCAACUUUAUUAGAAUAUGAAUUACUGAUUUUUUUGUGACUGUGUACGAGGGUGUAAGUUUUAUAAAAGUAUGUGAUGCGUUAGAUUUAAACCACUUCAGUGUUUCUAUAAUUGUAAACGUGGUUUGCUAAGGUUUAUGACAGUUACUGUAACUCUCUUAUAUGAAAUCACACACUUUAUACUUAACUGAGUCAUUACACAUUGUUUAAAUAUGACAUUCUGACCGUACUUCAUUAUAUUUCUCCUGCAUUACCUCUCUUUGCCUUUGGGUGGUGCUGGUGUGCAUUGUGAAGCAUAAAUUCAAACACGAGGUGACCACUGACAUCCUGACAUUUUAUCAGAUUUUGGACCAAAUUUAUCAAGUCAGCCAUGAAAAGAAAUACAAAUGGCAAGUAAUUUUGGUCUUAAUUUGAAAAAUUAAGACCAAAAAAAUUAAUCUGUCUAAUUUAAGCAAUGUGAAAUUCUAAUGUCUUUGGAAAUGCUUUAGUUAGUCAAGUUCAACAACUAAAAAUCACAUUUGAGUCCAUCAAAUUUGACUUUUUCGUUAAAAAAACAUGGAAUAGAUGUGAUCCUACAAGUGUGGUUAUUAAAAGAUAAAUACUUAAUGUUGUA